UCCACUAGAUUCCACCACCAACCUCAACACUGUGCUCAAUCUCGAUAGAUAUACGGCUAUCUGAUUCCGAGAUUCAUCCAUCCUUCCACACAAAACUGCUGAAUUCUUCGCCGUGGAUCUAGCGAUGGCGUUUGGUGUUGCUGCGCAGCACCAUCUCUUCUCCAUUCAUGCAAAUUACAACCACUCGCCGAUUCACGGAAUCUCUCCUUACAGAUGUUCGACCAAAUGCGCCAACGGCUAUAGUUCGGUUCGAUUUCGAACGAUCACAAAAUCAUCGGCAAACAAAACUCCGAGAACCAUACCGGAAAAGCCGAAGCCUCCAAUUGAAGGAGACCGGGUCGAUGAUUUGGACAAUGGUCGAAAUUCGUUCUCCUCCGUUAUGCAUCGUAUUAGGGCGGGAAUUAAACUAGAUGGACUUGGUAUGGAAAUUCUGUCGAUUGCACUUCCUGCAGCUCUGGCUCUUGCAGCCGACCCAAUUACUUCACUUGUUGAUACUGGUUUCGUUGGUCAUAUAGGAUCUGCAGAACUGGCUGCAGUUGGUGUAUCGGGUGCUGUUUUUAACCUUGUUUCUAAACUAUUUAAUGUCCCGUUGCUAAAUGUCACUACGUCCUUUGUUGCUGAAGAGCAGGCAUCUGCUUUAAAGGAUGCCGAUGACGGCAGUCCAACUGCUAAAGAGCAAGAAAACAAGAUAUUUCUUCCUUCAGUAUCAAAUGCUAUAAUACUUGCCGCUGGCCUUGGCAUCAUAGAAGCUGUGGCGCUCUUCGCAGGAUCAAGCUUUUUAAUGGAUACCAUGGGUAUACCUGUUGACUCACCAAUGCGUGCGCCAGCUGAACAGUUUCUCGCUCUAAGGGCGUUUGGUGCUCCACCAAUUGUUGUUGCUCUAGCUGCUCAAGGAACUUUUCGUGGGUUCAAGGAUACAAAGACACCCCUUUAUGCAGUUGGAGCUGGCAAUUUACUCAAUGCACUGCUGGACCUCAUAUUAAUAUUUUACUUUGGUUUUGGCAUUAGUGGUGCUGCCAUUGCUACCGUGACUUCUGAGUACUUGACAGCUCUAAUACUUCUGUGGAAGCUGAGUGACAAAUUGUUGCUUGUUACUCCAAGUAUUAGUGGGCAGAGGGUGGCUCAGUAUCUUAAAUCUGGUGCACUUCUGACUGCCAGAACUAUAGCUGUCCUUUCAAUCACAACCCUAGCCACAUCUAUGGCAGCACGAGAGGGACCCAUACAAAUGGCUGGCUUUCAGAUAUGUUUUGAAGUCUGGUUGGCUUUAUCUUUGCUAAAUGAUGCUUUAGCGCUAGCUGGUCAGGCUCUUCUUGCUAGUGACUACUCCCAAGGGAAUUAUAGUCUGGCACGCCAGCUGACCUAUAAAGUCCUACAGAUUGGUUUAGUAAUGGGAGUCGGUUUGGCUGUAAUUUUGUAUCUUGGAUUUGGUGCACUCUCCAGUCUGUUUAGCACUGACUCGGCAGUUUUGGAGAUUGCCAGAUCUGGAACCUUGUUCGUUGCUGCCAGUCAACCAUUCAAUGCUAUAGCUUUUGUUUUUGACGGGCUAUACUAUGGGGUUUCAGACUUUGGAUUUGCUGCAUAUUCCAUGAUCGUUGUUGCAUUGAUCUCUGCAGCCUUAAUACUGGUCGCCGCUCCUUCGUAUGGCAUUGCAGGCGUAUGGGGUGGACUGUUUAUAUUCAUGGCUUUGCGAGUAGCAGCUGGGUUCACUAGGAUAAGCACCAGAACUGGACCAUGGCGAUUGCUGAUGUCUGAUACCGAGAAGGAUGGUGCGUAAACUGGCAUAAUCACCUCCAAAUCUUCGUGUAUCCAGACAAUCCCAAUUUUGAGACCGAAUGAACAUAAGAAUGCAUCCCUCUCCAGGGUGGCUCCCCUACAGUAGUUCUUAAGCCAGGGGCGACAUAUGAUCAUACUAUAGAUAAAAGUAUGAAACGACACUCCCUAGUCGACUUCUCACCAUGUUGUGAAACGAAGCGCACCAUCCAUUUGGGCGAUCAUCGGAGGCUGUGAGUUCCUGGACUUGGCACAGUUCGGAGAAAUGAUUGUGCACUAGGGAUGAUUGCACAGUGCAGUUGUAUCACUUUUAUUACAAGGUUUGAUCGGUGAAGUGAUAAUUCUUUUAUCAUUCAAGUUCGUUUGCAACUUAGAUAGUGUGAUGAUUAUACAACCUCACUCUUGAUACUAGAUUCAACUAAUGAAGUUUAUUUAUCAUUUUUUUAAUA